AUGGCGUCUGAAAACCCUAACGGGAAAAACUCUCUCAAUCCGCAGGUAAUAAUCGAUGCAAGCCCCGAACCAUGCUCUUCCAACUCUUCCUCCAAUCUCUACCCCAAAAUCGAUGAGGUUGGAAAUCUCCUCCCGGACAAUUUCAGUCCCUCGGCGCCACCGCUCGCCGCCGCCGAGGAGGUUCUCAUCAAGGUCCCCGGCGCCAUCCUCCACCUUAUCGACAAGGAAUGUAGCGUGGAGCUCGCCUGCGGCGUCCUCACCAUCAUCUGCCUCCGACAGGGGACAAAUAUAGUCGCCUUUUAUGCAAGAGUCGGUGACAUACAGUGGCCCCUGGCGAAGGACGAGGCAGCCGUCAAGGUCGACGAUUCGCACUACUUCUUCUCUCUCAUGUCGAAGGAAUCCAAAUCAGAUUCCUCCAGUGAUGAAGAGGAAAAAGGUGGAAUACUUCACCUCCGCUGGAACAGGAAGAAGAAAAACAAGCACUCCGGUUCAGAUUCCGUUCCCGACGUACUGAGCUACGGCUUAACGAUAGCGUCGAAGGGGCAGGAGAAUUUGCUGAAGGAGUUGGACAAGGUUUUUCAGGAAUGCAGUGCUUUCUCGGUGCAGAAGGUGUCAGAGAAGGCCAAGAAGGAAGGGGAGGCGUUGGAUCCAUCAGUGGCGAAGGAGGUAUCACCGACGGAUUUGAAGACAGAGGAGAAGAAGGAGAUGUUGGAGGAGAACUGUGCGGCCUAUUGGACCACGUUGGCUCCUAAUGUAGAGGAUUACGGUGGAACCGCUGCGAAGCUUAUUGCGGCUGGUUCUGGACAACUGGUGAAGGGAAUUUUGUGGUGUGGGGAUGUGACGGUGGAACGGUUGCGGUGGGGGAAUGAGAUCAUGAAGACGAGGAUGGCUCCCGGUUCGCAGGAAGAGAUUAAUCCCGAAACCCUGAAGCGGAUACAGAGGGUUAAGAGAAUGACCCAAAUGACAGAGAGUGUAGCAAAUGGGGUUCUCACUGGGGUUGUGAAGGUCUCUGGAUAUUUUAGUAGUUCAGUGGCAAAUUCAAAAGUGGGAAAGAAAUUUUUCAGCUUUCUACCUGGCGAAGUUGUGCUUGCAUCAUUGGAUGGAUUCAGCAAAGUGUGUGAUGCGGUUGAAGUAGCAGGAAAAAGUGUCAUGUCAACGUCAAACACUGUUACAACUGAUCUUGUAAAUCACAGAUAUGGAGAAGAAGCUGCUAAGGCAACAAGUGAAGGGCUGGAUGCUGCUGGUCAUGCUGUGGGGACUGCAUGGGCUGCAUUUAAGCUUCGACAGGCCUUGAAUCCUAAGAGUGUUAUAAAACCUACUGCACUGACCAAAUCUGCAGCUCAAGCUGCUGCCGCUGAACUUAGGGGUAAACUAUCCAAGUGA